CGUCGGAUUUCUAUCCGUAGGUACUGUUAUAUGGCAAAGUUUUGAUGUACCAAGUGAUACAUAUCUUCCUGGGAUGGAACUAGGGUUGUUUGAACUAAACACAACCCAGCCAAGCUAUAACAUCCUUGUUUCUUGGGCAAGCCCCCAAAACCCAGCUCGCGGUCCCUUCACUUUAACCAUGGACCGGAUCAACUUCACAAAGCUUACUGUUUGGAGAGGAGAUGGACGCCAGAUGGAUAUCGCGUUCUGGGAUGGACAACACCUAAGGUUUAUUUUUGACAACACAACUGAAAAUAAUGACUACACUUUUAGGUACCAAACCAUUGAUGAAGAAGCUGCCUACUACACUUUUAGCAACAAUAAGAAGUACGACCUCAUAUGGUUUGUCAUGUCUUCAACUGGAAAUUUGGACCAGUUUUUUUUGGCGAACGGGAAUAUUUGGUCUGUGAGUCAUGGUUUGUGUGAGGACUCGAGCGGGGGUAAUACUGGAAAAUGUUUGGCGACUUUACCAUCUAUGUGUGACCAUGGCGAUGAUUUUUCUGUGAUGAAUGGUUCGUUGCCAUCUACGUCUAAUAAUGGAUCCAUUUAUAUGGGUACUAGUGAUUGUGAAACUUUGUGCAAGAGCAAUUGUUCUUGCACUGCAUUUGUUGCGGUUCAGGAUGGUCAACCAGUUUGUCAACUUUAUUAUCAGAGUAAGAAGGAUCUUUUGAAGAUUGUUGAUGAGAAGGGCACUGGGAUUAUUUACAUUCGUGGUGGUAGUACUUCUUCAAGUGAUGGUAAAAAAUUGAAACUCUGGCUGGCUAUCGCAGUUCCUUUGGCUUUCCUCUUGAUUCUUAUGCCAAUAUCAUUAUGCUGCUAUCUGCAUUAUGGAAAUAGACUUCAAGCAGGAGAUGAAGCAAGGAAACAAGAAGAGAUUAUCAAUUCGGAUCAAGUGAGAUUAGUCCAAAUUGGUUCCACCAACGUGUCACCAAUUCAAUAUAACGAAGAUAGAAUUGUGAAUAUGAUGGAAUUAGGCAGGCAAAAGGAUCAAGAACUACCCUUGUUUAGUUUUUCUACCAUACAAACUGCGACCAAUGACUUUGCCAAGGCUAAUAAACUGGGUGAAGGUGGAUUUGGCCCUGUUUAUAAGGGUUUGCUAGUGGAUGGGAGGGAAAUUGCAGUGAAAAGGUUGUCCGAAAUUUCGAGGCAAGGUUUGGAGGAGUUCAAAAACGAAGUGUUAGUUAUUUGUAAGCUUCAGCACAGGAAUUUGGUUAGGCUUUUGGGAUGCUGCAUUGAAGGAGAAGAAAGUAUAUUAAUUUAUGAGUAUAUGCCCAACAAAAGCCUGGAUUCUUUCAUUUUUGAUUCAACCAAACGGAAGCUUUUGGAUUGGAGAAAGCGCAUGAACAUUAUUGAAGGGAUUGCUCAAGGCAUCCUGUAUCUUCACAAAUACUCAAGAUUAAGGAUCAUUCACCGCGAUUUAAAGACAAGCAAUAUUCUCUUGGAUAGUGACAUGAACCCUAAAAUAUCGGAUUUUGGCAUGGCAAGAAUUUUCGCAGACAGUGACACUAAAGGAAAAACAAGCCGGGUUGUUGGUACAUUUGGUUAUAUGUCUCCUGAGUAUGCCAUGGGCGGCCUCUUUUCCGAAAAAUCAGAUGUGUUUAGCUUUGGAGUGAUCUUAUUAGAGAUCAUAAGUGGCAAGAAGAACAUUGCCUUCUUUGAGGCUGAUGAUCCAUUAAACUUACUAGGCAAUGCCUGGAGCUUGUGGAAAGAAGGCAAGAGCAAGGAAUUGAUGGAUUCGACAUUGUCUGGUUCUUGUUCGAGUAAUGAAGUUACCAGAUGCAUUCAGGUGGGUCUUUUGUGUGUGCAAGAAAGAGCUAUGGAUCGACCAAACAUGUCGGAUGUUGUUUCGAUGCUAAGCAACGAAACAUUUGCUCUGCCUCUUCCUAAAGAACCUGCAUCUUGGAGUCAGCUAAGUUCCGCUGAUGCAGAUUCAUCUUCAAGUAGGCAAAGACAUCAAUCUACAAUAGAUGUGACGACUUCAACAAUACAUGCUAGGUAGCAAAGGCUGCUGUUUGUUGUAGAGUUUAGUUCACUUGUAUCAAUGUUGUAAUAUAUCAUAUACAUAUAUGUUUAUCAACAUCCCGCCAUGUUCGGGUGUCCAUUGGUAGACAAAUCCAAUUGAGUGGAGACUGCAUCUUUGCAGGCCAAAAAUAAAUUUAUUUGAUUGCUUUUUUUGAA